CAGUUAAACCAAAAUUUGUAAUAUUUUCUAUAUCUUUUGUAAAGACAUUGUCUAUUGACAAAAUUUAUAGUACCGGCCUUUUUGUAUACAGAUAUAGUUAAUCAAUCCUAUGGGAGCCACGUUUCUCAAUCCCUACUCUCAGUGGGAGACCUCGGCUCUUAAGAAGUUCUUAAGGUGUUUCCAGAAGACUCAUGCCCACUUGGACAGCGCGGAGGCUCAGCGGCUCGGGGAAAGUGCAUGGGGGAAGCUUUCACUCCUCCAAAAAAAACAUUUUGAAGUAAAAUCUAGUCAACCUCCGAAAAAAUCAGCCAUCAAACGAAGGAAACCGACGACCAAACAGAAGAGAGCCGUUUACAGUUUGCGAAAUCAAGCCAAGAAGAAAACGUCAUUCAAGGCCACAAAACGUAUUUCGAGCCCUGUGAUAGGUUCCGCCUUCAUGUCCUUUCUGCGUGAAUACCAAAAGAUGAACGACGGCUUAGACAUGAGGAAAAGGCUAAAACGUGGUGCUAGGCAAUGGUCGAAACUCACGAAGGAAGAGCAAAAGAAUUACAGACCCAUCUUUAAGAGAGUGAGAAGAAAGUAGAAGCAGCAAGGCCUUUAAAUCCAUGGAACUUGAUUAAUUGACCACAACACGGCUUAAUAAGCAAUAUAAACUGCGACUCAUUUAUAAAUGCUGUACAUAUUUGUUGAUAAUUAUGAAGAACAAGUGAAGGAGCAUUUAAAUAUGAUCUCAAAUGCAGUUAAAAUAAUCAGUGUUUUAAUUUAGAAUCAUUAUUACAUGAUGUCCUAUUAAAGCCAAGAAUGUCCGUCGCCCGAACUAUGCUGUUAAAUGUAACAAAGACGAUGCCAUAAAAUGUUAAUUACAGUGCAUGUUUAUUAUGCCAUGGCUAUAGCCUCCAAUGAGUCGCUUGGCCAGACAUUAGCCCAGUAAAAGUAUCCACACUCAUUUACGAUGCGCAACACGGUCCAGUCCCCAAACAGCCAGGCCGAAGCUUCUGUAUAUUUGUGUAAUUGGCCAGGCCAAGGAGUUGGCAGCAAUAAAGCCAGACAUACUGACCCGGCCCAUACAU